CACCGUUCAUUUUCCUGUGGGCCUACAGAUUCAAAAACCCUAAUCGAAAUCUGCCGGCGUCAUGCUAUAUAUAAGCCACUGACCUUAGGGCUCUUCACUCUCACCAAGGGGCGGCUAACCAGAACAUAGAAUUCCGAAUUUCAGUAAGGUGAGUAACAAUGGCGGUGCCUCUUCUCGACAAGAAAAUCAUCAAGAAAAGAGUGAAGAAAUUCAAGAGGCCGCAGAGCGACCGGUUUGUUUCUGUCAAGGAAAACUGGCGUAGGCCUAAAGGUAUUGACUCUCGGGUCCGGAGAAAGUUCAAGGGGUCCACAUUGAUGCCCAACAUUGGAUAUGGGUCAGACAAGAAAACCCGGCAUUAUCUACCUAAUGGCUUCAAGAAGUUUCUUGUUCACAACGUGAAGGAGCUCGAGCUGCUACUGAUGCACAACAGGACUUACUGUGCUGAAAUUGCUCACAAUAUAUCUACAAGAAAGAGGAAAGAGAUUGUGGAGCGUGCAGCUCAGCUUGAUGUUGCUGUCACUAACAAGCUCGCCAGGCUUCGUAGCCAAGAAGAUGAAUGAGCUAUUUUUCGUUCUUUUUUNGGAUGAUAUUUCGAAUUCGAUGCUUGAAAUCUAUGUGAUGAGAUAUUUCUAUGAUGAUCCUUGCCUUUGGAUAUUGUUAUAUUUUGUUGAAUACAUUUGAGGUGGUUUUGUUUUUACAUUUAUUUGGUAGCUAUCUGACUGUACACAUUUUAGGGUUGAUUUCUUGGUAAUCUUGAAUUUUCUUUGAUCUUGUGAAAAUGGGAUCACUCUUAAUGAGCUACAAUAAUCAACAAAUGAUUUUAGAAUACCUUAAAUAAAAAUAAAAUUAAGAAACUUAAAGCGGUUUAAUAAAACAAUGUAAAGAUUUAAAAUGAAAUUGAAUAUUUUGCUUAUUCAUUCGUUG